ACUCUGUUGAGAAGUCGGGGAAGACAGGGAGAAAGACAGGGUUUAUGGAUUGAAUCACGACGGUUAUGGUGAGGAGCAGAACAAGCAAUGCUGGCUUUCCCUUGUUCCAAAAAGUGCGAGCCAUUUCGAAACUGCAGAGUCGAGCAUUGUUCUGAUUUGCGACAUUUUCAACAUUCAGGAAAUUUGUGGGUUCCAGAGUGGUUUCAAUGAUCGCUUUGGUUAUCCUAUUAGGCAUCUGAUGUCAUCACGAGUUAUUUGGUAGAGGCUGAUCUCUAUCGAAAUUUUCGCAAUGGGAAGGUCAAUUUUCACUGCAGUCGCUCUACUGUUUCUACUUAAGAGCUUGGUUCAGUUCGAGUUAGGGCAAGCGGACAAACAUGAGACUUUGGUGGAGGACACUUUGCCAGAGACGGAGAUGGAGGGAUUCGCAUGGAAGACGAAGACUAGACAGGAGAAUCGAGAAUGGGAUGAUGAAUUUGAAGGCACUCCUUCAUUGCGAGUGCUCACGGACGACAACUUUGAGCACGACACUCAAGCCGCCACUGGUCAAACAACAGGAUUAUGGCUGGUACUUUUUUGGACCCAGCCUUCUGUGCCCUGCCGCGAUGCGGAAGCGACUCUGCUCCAAGUCUUUACAAAACUUAAGGAUGGACACUUACUUGUCGCAGGGGUAAAUAUUUCAGCAAAUCCACGGACAGUCAAACGCUUUAGUGUCCACGAAGUGCCACUACUCCUCUUCUUUCGUGACCGCCACAUGUAUAAAUACAAAGGACAUUGGGCUGCCAUGAAUAUAAUCAACUUUGUAAAGGAAGGUUAUAAAUCUGUUUCGAAGGAAGAGGUUCCCAAAGAAAUUACGUACUAUGAUGAGCUCCUGGAGACACCUCUACUCUAUUAUCAUGGAAUCAUUGUGUACCUAGCAAACAGACCUGGUAUACUCGCGGGAGUCGGUUCCACCCUGGCCAUGUGCGGAUAUCUAUAUACACGCAAGUGGCUUUUGAAGAAAAAACUAGAAACGAAUGACCAUGCAAAUCCUCGAAAGCGUGUCGAUUAGGCGAAAGCUUUCAAUUUUCAGUUCUGUACUUGAUUUUCACCCGAAAAUUCAUUGGGUUGAAUUUACAAUCUUGAAUCGAUUUGAGAAAAUCAGUUUCUAGCACUCA